UAAUUAUUAUUGAAGUGAAGGUACAUAUUAUAAAUAUUAUUGUGAAUUUUAAAUAGUGUAACUUUUUCAGUUUGUUUGUUGGUAUUCAUUAUUAGUGGAUUUUUGAAUUUUAUUCUUCAAGAUUUCAACUUGAUUAACUAAAAAAUUUGCUUGAACAAAUUUUAAUAAAAAUAAAUCGAAAUAUAAGCAAUUAAAACGUUAUGAUUGACCGUACGGAUGAGCAUUUUGAUAAAGUAAAUAAAUAUUCCGUCACCAACAACAAAUCAUUUGAUAUAACUGCAACCGAAAAAGAUGAAAAUAAUGUAUCAAUACCCAGCCAUUAUCUCAAUUAUGGCCAGGAAGAGCAAAUGGAAAUUUAUGGAUAUGAAAAAUGUUGUUUUCGAACGUAUUGCACGACAGCACUAUAUAUUUUAACAUUGGGAUUAUUAAGAUUAAUUUAUCAUUGGUAUCCACGAAUGAUGUUGUACUCAACACAUCGACGAUGUAGUUUAAGUAAAGCACAAAAAGUAUUAAUGCUGGAAAAUUAUUUAGGUAAACAUAAAACAUAUUUUGUGGAAAAUGUACAAUAUUUAUCAACAAACAGUGAAAGUUCUACAGAGAAUGAAAAUAAAUGUUCACAAACUAUGAAAAUUUUUUUAGAAAAUGGAAUUCAAAAAGAAUUAGAAGAAAUGAAAGUAGUUUGGUGUAAAAAAAUGUGUUAUGUUUGGGACCCAACAGAAUUGAGGUUUUUUCGCCUUGUUGGUUUAGACACAAAUCAAAAAAAUUCUGACUUACAUAAGUAUAAUGGUUUUACAAGACAAGAAGAACAAAUACAACAUGUUGCAUAUGGAAAAAAUUUAAUUGAUAUUUCGGUUCAAUCAAUUCCAACAUUACUAUGUUUAGAAAUUUUAAAUCCAUUUUAUAUAUUUCAAAUUUUUGCAAUAACAGUCUGGUUGAUGGAAGGAUAUUAUUAUUAUAAUCUUGCAAUUUUUGCAAUGUCUGUAUUUGGUAUUAGCUCAUCAAUAAUUCAAACACGAAGGAAUCAGUUAAAUUUAUGCAACACAGUAGAAUCAGUUGACAAAGUGAUCGCAUAUAGAGGAAAAGACCCAAACACAAAUGAGGAUAUUACUGAAGAAAUUGACAGUACAGAUCUUGUACCUGGAGACGUGAUUAUCAUACCAGACACAGGAUGCGUAAUGCAAAGUGACUGUGUUUUAUUGAAAGGAGGCACAUGUAUUGUAAAUGAGAGUAUGCUAACAGGUGAAUCUGUUCCUGUUAUAAAAACUCCACUUACGGAUACUUCUCGAAAUGUUUACAAUGUACGACAUGAUUCAAAUCAUACUUUGUACUGUGGGACAAAAAUAAUUCAAACACGGCAAGAAGAUGAAAAGAUAACGGCUUUAGUAAUACGUACUGGAUAUUUAACAUCGAAAGGUCAAUUAGUACGAAGCAUUUUAUAUCCACCACCAGUAGAUUUUAAAUUUGAUCAAGAUAGUUAUAAAUUUAUUGGAAUUUUAGCAUUUGUUGCUUUUUGUGGAUUUUUAUACACCAUUAUAUACAAGGCAACAAUUGGAACAACUGUAUUUGACGUUAUUAUCAAAGCUUUAGAUUUGGUUACAAUUUGUAUUCCCCCAGCUUUGCCAGCAGCCAUGACUGUUGGUAAAAUUUAUGCACUACAUCGUCUUAUGAAAAAACAAAUAUUUUGUAUAAAUUCUCGCGUAAUAAAUGUAUCUGGAUCACUUGACUGUGUAUGCUUUGAUAAGACAGGAACACUAACAGAAGAUGGAUUAGAUGUUUGGGGUGCAAUUCCAAUUGAAAAAGAUUCAAAACAAAGCGCCAAACUAACCGCGCCGCUACGGAAUCCUGGUGAGGAAUUAUCAUCAAACAAUCAUUUGUUAUUUGGCAUGGUCACUUGUCAUUCAGUGAAUUUAAUUAGCGGCGAAUUAAGUGGUGAUCCAUUGGAUGUCAAAAUGUUCGAAGCAACAAAAUGGAAUCUAGAAGAAACGUAUGAUCAAGAAACAAAUAAAAGAUAUGGAAUAAGUGUGCCAAGAAAGUUUAAAUCUCCAACGAUGUUACAAGAAAUUGGAGUAGUGAAUCAGUACCAAUUUACUUCAAAUCUUCAACGAAUGAGUGUUGUCACAAAAAAUCCAACUGAAAAUUACUGCCGUGUCUAUGUAAAAGGAUCACCAGAAAAAGUUAUGGCCUUAUCAAAAAAAGAAACUAUACCAGAAAAUCUUUUCGACGAAUUAGAUAUUUAUACACGACAAGGAUAUCGAGUUAUUGCAAUGGCAACAAAAACCUUAAGUGGAAUUGAAUUGACAAAAAUAAAGCAUUUGGAACGUGAAGAUGUUGAAUCCGAUUUAGAAUUUGUUGGAUUGUUAAUUUUGGAAAAUCGAUUAAAACCUGAAACUACUGGUGUAAUUGAUAUUUUAAAACGAGCUAAAAUAAAAAUUGUGAUGGUUACGGGAGAUAAUAUUGAAACAGCUAUCAGUGUCGCCAGAGAAUGUGAAAUAAUUGAACCUAAACAUAAUGUGGUUAUUGUCAAUAUCAAUAAAACUGAAAAGGAAGGCAAUGAUAUUUGUUUGGAAAUACAUGGUGAUAGUUUAAAAAUGCGAAGGAAAUCCCAAACAUGUUUAAAUGGUAAGGACAUAGAAAAAAUUAAUUCGAAUAAAGUUUAUGCCAUGUCUGGAUCAACUUGGAAAACAAUUAGAGAAAAAUAUCCGGAACGUAUACCAGCUUUAGUGAAAAAUGGAGUAGUAUUUGCAAGAAUGAGUUCUGAUCAAAAGCAACAACUUGUUUUAGAGCUACAGGCUUUGGGUUACUAUGUUGGUAUGUGUGGAGAUGGUGCUAACGAUUGUGGUGCAUUAAAAACAGCACAUGCAGGAAUAUCACUCUCCGAUACCGAAUCAUCAGUAGCAUCACCAUUUACAUCUAAAGUAGCAAAUAUUUCAUGCGUUCCAAAAGUAAUACGUGAAGGACGUGCAGCACUUAUUACAUCAUUUGGCAUCUUUAAAUUUAUGGUUGCCUACUCAUUAACAGAAUUCUACUCAGUAAUUCUUUUAUACACAUUUAACACAAAUUUAACAGAUCUUGAAUUUUUAUUUAUCGACAUUUGUUUAAUUCUAAACUUUGCAUUAUUCUUUGGUAAAACGAAAGCUUAUCGAGGACCGUUGUAUAGCACACCACCGGCUAGUAGUUUAUUUAAUCUAGUACCAUUAACAAGUGUUUUUUCACAAAUUAUUAUCUACGGAGCCUUUCAAAUGUUAUCUUUGUAUUUGAUUACAACAUAUCCAUGGUAUGAACCAUUCGAAUUUGAUCCAGAAAAUAAUAAAAAUUAUGUAAGUUAUGAAAAUUACGCAGUAUUUGCAAUGUGCCUUUUCCAAUAUAUUUUAAUGGCUGUGACUUUUUCAUUUGGUAAACCUUAUAGACAACGAAUUUAUACAAAUCGUGUAUUCUCAUUUAGCUUAAUUUUAAUGACAUGUGUUUGUAUAUACAUCGUAACCCAACCAGCACAAUGGGUCAUAAGUAUACUAGAAUUGAAAAUGCCACCAAUGGAAUUCCGUAUGGUUAUAAUACUUUUAGCAUUUGUUAAUAUGUGUGUAUCAUUUAUAUUUGAGGAUUUAAUUGUUAAUUUAUUACUUGAUAGAUUUACGUCACGACGUUCGAAUAAGCCAGAAAUUGAUGAUAAUGUAUUCAGUAAUGCUAAACAUGUUAAAGAAGGUAUUGAUAAUGUGACAUUCAUUGACGAAAGCAAUGAAAAUAAAACGACUAGUUUUUAAUUAUUUUAUAUUGUUAAGAAAUUUCGAUUUUUGAAAUGUGUACCCUUAUUGGGUGUGUUCAGUUGACAAAAGCGCUUGUGAGAAGUUUAAAUCAAAAUCAUGACGACUGAAUGUACUAGGAAAUUAUUGUCCAGGUAUAAUGUCAUGUGAAUCCUGUUCCUUAAUAGUGUCUUCCAAUGAAAAAUUUAGAUAUAAAAAAGGUUUAUCAUUAAAAUAUUCAAUUAUAUUCAAUUUAUACUGCCCAUUUUAUGCCGAAAAAGCCCACUGUAUUAAAGAACGCAAUCUAUGAAGUACAAAGUUGAAUUAUAACGUCUUUUCCAAUGGAGCAAUUCUUAAGAGCGUUUUAAAUGUUUUGUAUAUGAAUUUGAAUUUUUAAUGUCAAAUUGCGAUUUCUUCUUCUUUGCAGAAUAUUCAGUGGUAACUGGUUUGCUUGUAAGUAUUUGCAAAGCGCUUUUAUCGAUUAAACGCACACGUUAUAUAUAAACAUCUGUUUAUAGGAUGUUUAACGUUAGACUCCAGCCCAUGUGUCCAAUGAGAUUGUAUGUUCCCUAAAUUUUAUUACGGAGCUUUGUUAAACUUUUAUACUAUUAAAUAAAAACGUUGGUUACGUGGUGCAUCCAGAUCAUGAUCGUAUGGAUAUCAUUUAAAAAUUUUUCGAUUGGGCAAAAUUUUCAAACGUCUGUUUAACAAAAUCCUGAAGACGUAUUGCAGAUUACUUUAUUGAAAAAGUGUUAUGUUUGUUUUAAAUAUUAUAGGUGUUUAACAAAGCCCCGCAACAAAACUUAGGGUACAUAUAACUGUAUACAUAAAGGCAUGCAAACAAAAUUAAUGGCAGCAAUAAAGUUUGAAAUUAAAAAACAAAUGUUAUGAGGAAAAUAUGAACUUUUUUCUUUUAUUUCUUUACAUUUUUAAUCCGGUGACGUAUAUUGUGUUUUUAAUUGAACUUUUAAAUUUGGACAUAGGUAUAAUCAAAAAUCUUAAAAAUAACAAUUCAGAAAUAUUACAUAUUCUACGUUCAAUUUCAGUAUUUGAUUCUACUUAUAAAUUUAAUUUUUCUGGAUUAAUAAUUUAUGCGAUUGUCUGUUCAAUAUUAUUACUGUCGAUGGAAAUAAAAAAUAUUCAAUUAUAUUCUAUAGCCUUUUUUGUGUUUGACAUGAUGUGAUUUUUAUUUUAUUUUUGGUAGCGUAUUUAGCUUCUGUGAGAUGUUAGUCAAGGUUUGCGAACACUUACGGUAUCUUAUCAUUUUAAAUGAAUUAUCAUAGCCUGGUGAAAAACUUAUUUUAGUAAGGAAUAAGUCUUAGUAACUCUGAAAAAGUCUUAGGAACUCUGUAGGUAUAACUCUGAAUUCCUCAACGCUUUUGGUCUGUCUAAUUCAUGUUAUCCAGACCUAUUAAGCCUGAAUUAGACAAUCCUAUUAAGCCUGAAUUAGACAAUCCAAAAACUUUAAAAAUUCAGAGUUAUUCAGAGUUUCUAAGACUUAAAUUCUUUCUUCAAAUAUUUUUUUCACCAGGGUAAUUAUAAUUGUUUACAGUUAUAUUAUUAUUAUUAUACCAUAAUCCGUUCGAAAUAAUCUUCGUGAGUAUUCGAAUACACGCAACUAUUCUCCAAAUAUUAUUCGGCAGAGGCCAAAUAUGCUAUUAAAUUAUAUAUUUUUGUACAUAUCUACUUGAUGAGUAACAGAAAAUGUCAGUUUUUGAAAAUAAUGAGAAUAAUCCUAUAAUUGACAAUGUGAUAGUAAUGUAGUUUUAAUUAUAAGCAAUAAUAAGAUUUAUUAAGUUAA